AGGGAAAAAGAAGGAGGAAGAAGAAGAAAGAAAACACAAGAUAAUCAAGUGGGGAGAAAAGAAAAGGAGUGAGAAGGAGGUAAAGAACUGCGGUGAAGAAGAAAGACAAACUCAAAACAUUCAUCUGUAAAGAGAAAACCAAACAAACCUAAAAGCUUCAAAACUGGGAGAGCAGCCCCUAUCCACUCACUUCAUCUCCUGAAGGGGAGAGGAUAAGGUAGUUCACCUUAACAAUCAGAAAUGGUCUAAAAGCCAGCGCAAGGUCCAAUGCAAUAUUCCAAGCUAUUUCUAGUUUCUUCCACCUAAAUUUGGAAGGGUUUCUCGCUGCGGCUGGGGAUUGUCUGACUGGCAGUGGUGAACGUUAAGGAGCCGCUGGAGCCCAGGGGAAAGGGAGCUUUGAAAGAGAAGUUGUGUUGAUUGGGGUGGUUUCCCGAGGAGGAGAAAGGACGAUGGUCUGGAGGAGUCGGUGCUGCCUGGGGCGAUUGGACCUGCUCUGUGUGUUGGCCCUGCUUUUGGGCUGCCUGCUGCCAGUAUGUAGGACUCGCGUGUACACCAACCACUGGGCUGUAAAGAUCGCCGGGGGAUUCCAGGAGGCCAACAGGAUAGCUAGCAAAUACGGAUUCAUCAAUAUUGGACAGAUUGGCGCACUGAAAGAUUACUAUCACUUUUACCAUAGCAGGACAAUUAAAAGGUCUGUUCUCUCAAGCCGAGGUACCCACAGCUUCAUUUCAAUGGAACCAAAGGUUGAGUGGAUACAACAGCAAGUGGUUAAAAAAAGGAUAAAGAGGGACUUUGAACUCAGUGGUGCCCAGUCUACUUACUUCAAUGAUCCAAAGUGGCCAAGCAUGUGGUAUAUGCACUGCAGUGAUAACACUCACCCCUGUCAGUCAGAUAUGAACAUUGAAGGGGCUUGGAAGAGAGGUUACACUGGAAGAGAUGUUGUGGUCACUAUCUUGGAUGAUGGCAUCGAAAGGACUCAUCCAGAUUUGGUGAAGAACUACGACUCUCAAGCAAGUUUCGAUGUGAAUGGGAAUGAUUUCGACCCAAUGCCUCGUUACGAUGCCAGCAAUGAGAACAAACAUGGGACCCGUUGUGCUGGGGAAGUGGCAGCUGCAGCAAACAACUCACACUGCACAGUAGGAAUUGCAUUCAACGCCAAGAUUGGAGGAGUGCGAAUGCUAGAUGGAGAUGUAACAGAUAUGGUGGAAGCAAAGUCUGUCGGCUUCAAUCCCCAAUAUGUGGCCAUCUACAGUGCUAGUUGGGGUCCAGAUGAUGAUGGCAAGACAGUAGAUGGACCUGCUCCUCUAACCCGGCAAGCCUUUGAGACUGGUGUGAGAUUGGGACGAAGAGGCCUCGGCUCUGUUUUCGUCUGGGCAUCUGGAAAUGGAGGAAGAAGUAAAGACCACUGCUCCUGUGAUGGGUACACCAAUAGCAUCUACACUAUCUCAAUAAGUAGUACCGCUGAAAGUGGGAAGAAACCAUGGUAUCUGGAAGAGUGUUCAUCUACACUGGCCACAACGUAUAGCAGUGGAGAAUCCUACGAUAAGAAAAUCAUCACCACAGACCUGAGGCAGCGUUGCACAGAUAACCAUACGGGAACAUCAGCCUCAGCCCCUAUGGCUGCCGGCAUCAUCGCCCUGGCUUUGGAAGCCAAUCCGUUUCUGACCUGGAGAGAUGUGCAGCAUGUUAUUGUAAGGACUUCCCGUGCAGGACAUUUGAGCGCUAAUGACUGGAAAACCAAUGCUGCUGGUUUUAAGGUGAGCCACCUCUAUGGAUUUGGGCUGAUGGAUGCAGAAGCCAUGGUGAUGGAAGCCGAAAAGUGGACCACUGUCCCCCAGCAGCAUGUGUGUGUGGAGAGCACUGACCGGCAAAUCAAAACCAUACGACCCAGCAGUGCUGUCCGCUCCAUUUACAAAGCUUCUGGCUGCUCCGACAACCCCAACCACCAUGUGAACUACCUGGAGCAUGUGGUCGUACGCAUCACCAUCACCCACCCUCGAAGGGGAGAUCUGGCCAUCUAUCUGACCUCACCUUCAGGAACCAGGUCCCAGCUCUUAGCCAAUAGGCUAUUUGAUCAUUCUAUGGAAGGAUUCAAAAACUGGGAGUUUAUGACUAUUCAUUGCUGGGGAGAAAAAGCAGCAGGUGACUGGGUGCUGGAAGUUUACGAUACCCCAUCUCAGCUGAGGAACUUCAAGACACCAGGCAAAUUGAAAGAAUGGUCUUUGGUCCUCUACGGAACAUCCAUUCAGCCUUAUUCUCCAACAAAUGACUUUCCCAGAGUGGAACGUGUACGCUCUAGUCGAGUGGAGGACCCUACAGAAGACUACAUUACAGAUGAUUAUGCAGGUCCUUGUGACCCCGAGUGCAGUAAAGUAGGAUGUGAUGGACCAGGACCAGACCACUGCAAUGACUGCCUGCACUACUACUACAAACUGAAAAACAAUACACGAAUCUGUGUCUCAAGCUGUCCCCCGGGUCACUACCAUGCAGACAAGAAGCGCUGUAGAAAAUGUGCCCCAAGUUGUGAGUCUUGUAUUGGAAGCCAUAGUAACCAAUGCCUGUCUUGCAAAUAUGGCUACUUCCUGAAUGAAGAAACCAAUACUUGUGUCAUCACCUGCCCAGAUGGAUUUUACCAGGAUAUGAAUAAAAACCUUUGCCGGAAAUGCAGUGAAAACUGCAGGACAUGUACUGAUUCUCAGAACUGCACUGAAUGCAGACAUGGCUUAAGCCUACAUGGAUCCCGAUGUACUGUCACCUGUGAAGAUGGGAAAUACUACAGUGGAAAGGACUGUGAGCCAUGCCACCGUUUCUGUGCCACCUGUUCCGGGGCAGGAGCUGAUACAUGCAUUACCUGCAGUGAGGGCUACUUCAUGGAAGAUGGGAAGUGUGUGCAGACCUGCAGUAAUAGUUAUUAUUUUGACCACUCUUUAGAGAGUGGCUACAAAUCCUGCAAAAGAUGUGCUGCCAGCUGUCUGGCCUGCAGUGGUCCCGGAGACAGAAACUGUACCAGUUGCCCUAGUAAUUAUCUCUUAGAUACAGGGGCCUGCGUCCUUGGAGCAAUCUGUAAGGAUGGGGAAUACAUUGAUGACCUGGGCCGCUGCCUACGCUGUGAUGUCUCUUGUUCCACAUGCCGGGGUCCAACUCGAGAGAACUGCACUAGCUGCCUCAUUACAAGGUUCUUUGACAAUGACCGCUGCGUCCUGACCUGUCCUUCAGGGAAAUUUGAAUUUCACAACCAAUGCCAUCCGUGUCAUCACACUUGCCAAGAAUGCCAAGGAAGUGAGCCCUCCAACUGUACCUCCUGUGGCACAGACAAGCAUGGGAAGAAACGCUUCCUGUACAUGGGUGAGUGCCGAGAAGGUUGCCCUGCUGGGUACCACCAUUCUGACAACACCUGCCUGCCCUGCCCUGAGAACUGCGAGCUCUGCACUAGCUCUUCUUACUGCACUCGAUGUUUGCAAGGAUUCUACAUCUUACCCUCAAACAACACCUGCCAGAAGUUAGAAUGCAGAGAAGGGGAAGUGAGAGAUCCAGACUACGAAGACUGCAUGCCUUGUGAAGAAGGAUGCCUGGGCUGCAGCUUGGAUGAUCCAGGAACCUGUACGUCCUGCGCUACAGGAUAUUACUUGUUCAAACAGCACUGCUAUCAAACUUGUCCUGAGAAGACCUACAGUGAAGAUUUUGAAUGUAGGGAGUGCAGUGAAUAUUGUGGGGACUGCGACCAGAAUGAGUGCUACUGGUGUGAAGAGGGGUUUUAUCUUUUCGGUGACAUUUGUGUCAGAGAGUGUGGCCCGGGUUUCUACAGUGACACUGAAGUUGGAGAGUGUGAGCCAUGUCACCGAACCUGCAAAACCUGCACAGUUGGCUAUGAUAAGUGCAGCAGCUGCAAAGGAGAUUUACAGCUGGUGGAUGGGAAGUGCGUGGACCCCUCCAAGACCCCAGGACAGGACACAUUCGGGAGCGGUAACUGGAAAAAACAUCAACUUUGUGAUCCUUCUUGUAAAACCUGUGAUGGAUCAGACACUCUGUGCACUUCCUGUCGUAAAGGAACCUAUCUUUUCUCUCAGUCCUGCAUCCCUGCCUGUCCCCAAGGAACAUGGCCCUCAGAGAAGAAUGGGAGAUGUGAGAAAUGCACAGAGGAUUGUGAGUCCUGCUCUACAAUGAAUAACUGUAUGAAGUGUCUGUCUCAGUCAGACCAUCCUCUCUACCUGCACCAUGGCAGAUGCUAUACGCAGUGCCCUGAGGGGUUUUAUGCAGAAAAUGGCACUUGCAAACCCUGUGACUUAGCUUGUAAAACAUGUGAAGGAAAUGCCACCCACUGCCGCUCGUGUGAAAGGGACCUGGUCUUGGCCCAGGGCAUGUGCCAGAAAUCCUGCCCUGAGAGGCACAUUGCCGUGGACGGGAUGUGCAGACAUUGUCCAGAAAUGUGUCAAAAGUGCAUACAUGAGAAAACAUGUAAAGAAUGCAUGCCGCCUUUCCUCUUGCAUGAUGAAAUGUGCCUUCGGGACUGCCCCCCUGGCUUCUAUGAAGACUCCUACAAGUGUCACCCUUGCAGUGAGAGCUGUAAGGAGUGCAGUGGCCCCGAUGAUGAUGACUGUAAAGCCUGCCCUGAUUCCUGGGUUCUCUAUAAUGGAUGGUGUCUGGAUGCAUGCCCAGAUGGGACUUACUAUGAAAGGGGUUCCAGAGACUGCAAAGGUUGCCAUGAGACCUGUAAGACUUGUUCCUCUUCUUGGAUGUGUGCUUCUUGUAAAGAAGGCUUGGCAAUGACAUGGCUGGGAUCCUGGACACAUAAGGACUGCAGCUCUUCUGAAUACAUGGAUGAGAAGACCCAGAUCUGUAAACCUUGUCACGAGAAAUGCUCUCAGUGCACAGGACCUGCUGAAGAUGACUGCCUCAGCUGCGCCACUGAGGGCCUUCUUCUCAAUACAACUUGCGUAGAAAAGUGUCCUGAUGGCUACUAUACUGAUACAGAAAAUUACCGAUGUUCUCCUUGCCAUAGCUCUUGUGAGACGUGUGAAGGGAAGCAUAGCACCCAAUGUCAAUCCUGUCAUCCAGGCUGGUUCAGGCUAGAAAAUAAAUGUCUGCUCGAAUGUGAGGAAGGAUAUUAUGCAGAUAAUUCCAGUGGACUAUGUGAAAAAUGCAACCAGGACUGCAGAGAGUGUUGGGGCCCUCGCUCCACAGACUGCUUGUCUUGUCACAAGUAUUUCUUCCUGAUCCACUCUAAAGGAGAAUGCCAUCGCACCUGCCCUGAACACUACUACACAGAAAACAGGACACAUACCUGUGAGAGAUGUCAUCCGACCUGUAAUGAGUGCAAAGGAAAGGGACCCUUGAACUGCUUAUCCUGCAUGUGGAGCUACCAUCUCUUAGGAGGAAUCUGCAGCUCAGAUUGUCUUACAGGAGAAUACAGAGUAGGCGAGGGAGAAGAUUUUGAAUGUGAUAAAUGCCAUGAGAGCUGUACUGAGUGCAAGGGCCCAGGCCCUCAAAACUGCACCAUGUGCCCAGCUAAUAUGAUGCUGUAUGAAGAGGAUGGUCGCUGCAUUCCCUGCUGCAGCAGCUCAAAUUUUACAGAUGUUCAGGAUUGCUGUGACUGCCAAGAGACCACAGAGGAGUGCAGCUUUCGACAUGGUGUGAUUAUGCCCAAGACUGAGAAGUCAAAGAGGACAGGUCUGCUCAUCACUUCCUCCAUCAUGCUGAUCCUCCUCUUUGGGGUCACAAUCUAUGUUUGGAAGAGGUCCCGGGCCAAAUCCCAAAAGGCUCAAAAGGCUGGAUAUGAGAAACUGUCAUACCAAAACAAGACUUCCUCUUCCUAUAAAAGCAGCUAUCGAGAGAGCACCAACUUCCAAGAGGACCAAGUUAUUGAAUACAGAGACCGGGACUAUGAUGAAGAUGAAGAUGAUGACAUUGUCUACAUGAGUCAAGAUGGCACAGUCUAUCGGAAAUUUAAGUAUGGUCUGCUGAAUGAUGAUGAUGAAGAUGAGUUGGAAUAUGAUGAUGAGAGCUACUCAUUUAAGUAAAUUCAAAUAUAUUGAUAGGAUUACUUUUCUACUCCUAAGUAUUAACUUUGGGGAGUAUUUUAUUGCUGGCAACCCCAGCUCAGGCUUUGUGGACAUCCUUAAACAUUUUUUCUAUUCUUUUGGGUAUUUAAGCUCAGGUAUCACUCCAAAUUCAUUCAGAAUCCAAGAGAAAGGCAAAGAUGAAUAGGUCUUUUCCCUAGGCAUUAUAUCAAAGCACCACUACCCUCACUUCAGUUAACAGCCCAGAGUGAAAAUACAUGUUUUCCACUAGUUGCAAGAGAUCAAACAUUCCCUACAGGCCUCCCAUUUCCACACUACACAAAGGAGUUGGGAGUGGCUCCUGGGACUUUCUAAAACUUCCUGGGGUACUCUUAAUUUUUUUCAUGACUUUUUUUAACUGUUUAUUUUUAGUUUUGUCCAUAAGUCAAACUGUGAGAAUUAACAAGAAAGUCACCCCUUCUUCUUAUCACAGACUUCUAAACUCUCUCUCUCUCUCUUUCACACACACACAGGCUGGCAUUUGGCACAUGCUACAAUGGAGUAGAUCUGCUACAGAAGUUGUCAGCUAUUGCCUAUAUUCUUACAAGAUUUAGAGAAAGUGUCAGGGGAGAAGAAUGGACGGUUUCCUAGGCUUAAUAGCUCUUUGAAAUGCUAUAGGCUGACAAUAUUGUUUAGGGACCAAAGGACUACAAAUGGAAGUGUGGGGAGGCAGGCAGUAAUAAGAACAGGCAGAAGAAAACUCUGAGAUUGCCAAAGAGCACAUCUGUCUCUUAUUGGUGUGGUUGUUUUCUCCAAGAGCCCAAGACUAUCCAUUCUGCAGAUUCAGUUAAAAACAUCGAGAAAUAAAGAUAAUUGGCAAUGCCAACCCCCAAGCAGAUGUGAUUUAAAAAAAAAAAAGAUAUCCUCUCUCCUUAAAACAGCUUUAGCUACAAAAUCAGGGAGGCUUUUCAAAACAGGUUUUAGAUCUGCUGAUUUGAUAGAGCAUUUGGGAAAAGAGUCUAAGGCUAAGGGAAAGAGCCAGCAUUUUGGCUUCUUAGAGUACAAAUUAUCUCCUCUCUGUCUCUGUCUCUGUCUCUCUUUCUGUCUCUGUCUAUCUGUCUGUCUGCCUCUCUCUCAACACUUUCUUGAAAGACUUUUGUUUCUAUAGCAUUCCACACUUAUGUAAAAUAUAUUUGAGCCCAAGCUUUAGAAUUCUCUGAAAAAGGAGGGGGGGAGGCUUUCCUGAAAUAAACAAUGACAUGAGAAGAACCCUUACUAUACAAAAUAAUGAAAGCAAAGCCCUUUUUAUUUGUUGGCUUGUUUUGGAAAGAGUCUCCUGCCAAACUAGAAGUCUACACAGAGAGCUUGAGUGGGAAUAACUCUCAGCUUCAACAAUGUCAAUAGUGAUCAUAUUAAGCCUUCCCAUCAAAUUGUUCCCCUAAGAAAAACUACAUCUCAAACAUGGUGGCCAGAACUAAAUGGUGCUGAAGUUAAAAAAAAAAUCCUAGAGGUAGAGGCAGGGAUAAGAAUAUCAGGAAGUAGAUGAACCAGUUUUGGGUAAACUGCAAGUCAUGUACAGUGGGGUGGAGGUAGAGGAAGAAGGAAAUAGUGUGUAGUAAAAACAUGCCUCUGCAUGGGUUUUUUCUUCACCCUUGUGACUUUUUUAAAAAAAAAUCAGUAUUUUUGUAAUACUUGAAUUAUCUUCCUUUAAAGCAAGCAUCUUUUUAAUGAAAAGUGUAACCACCUACAUUCAUGCUAAAGAAUUCUUUCUUGGAACUCCUGUGUCCCCUUAAUAAAACCCUCUUUUAAAAAGCUAACUUUAAAGCCUGUAUUAGAGGUUUUGCUCUUUUUUGGUGUUAUAGAUCCCUUUGGCAGCUCAGUGAAACCUAUGAGCCCCUUUUCAGAAUAAUAUUUUUAAGUGAAUAAAAUAAAAUACAUAGGAUUACAAAGGAAGUCAAUUAUAUUAAAAUACAGUUAUCAAAAAUUUUUUACAAAACAAGUUUGUGGACCCUCAGCUAAAACCACCACACACACACACACACACACACACACACACACACACACACACAUACACACUAUGCAGUAUGGAAUCAUGCAUCAACUAAAAUUGUCUCCACUAUUGGGGGGAGGAGGGUCGAGCAUCGCACUUGCAAUUUCCUAUGUAUAAGGAAUUCAAAUGAGCAAAUUCCCUCCAGGAGUGUAGAUCAACACCUACUCCGCAGCUUUCAUUCUUAGACAAGUUACCUGUGGCAUUAUGAGAUUAAGCAACUUUCCCAGGGUCACACAGCCAGUAUAUGGCAUAGGCAAGUCUUGAACAAAGGUUUUCCUGAUGUCAAAGCAGCUCUCUAUCUUUUGUGCCACAUUGCCUCUUCAACUACAACAAUCUUUUUUAAAUUGCGUUGCUUCUUUUCCAAUCCAAUAUUUAAAUAUAAUUGUGUAAACAAAUCAGUCACCUUGCCAGGGUGGACUACUCCCCAUUUAUUAAAGACUCCUCUCAGAUUGUACAACAUUGUUGAUAUCGCUGGUGUAAUGUCUCUUGUUCUUACUGUUUUCAAAGCAUUUUUAGGGACCCCAACACUCCUCUAGGGCACCUAGAAGUUGUUUCCCACUUGGAAAGGACUGGUGUUUAUGAUACAUUGUGUAAA